GCGUAUUUAGUUGUAGACUUGAGAAACAGAGAGAGAAAGAGAGAGAUGGGUGAAACAGCUUAUUGCAGUAGCAGCAGCAGUGAAGAGGAAGAUGGAGAUGCUGAAUGGAGAGCUGCAAUCAAUUCUAUAGCUACUGAUGUUAGUAAUCAAUCCGCCGCCACUAAUGGCCCUGUUCCAAAAACAUCCAAUCGGACAUCAAAUUCUGAAGAAAAACCGAAACCGAAGCACUAUGUUGUUAAGGUACAAAAACUUUUAGAAGAUAUGUUAGACGAGAGCUUAGAGAUGGUGAACGCACCACUUCCUGAAUGUGAUGAUGAACCUGCAGUAGAUGAAGGUGGUGGUAUUCGAUUGUUUAGGCAUGCUCCUUUGGGGAUUGUGUUUGAUCCUGUUGAUGAAUCUAAACUGCCAAGAAAGAGGCCUAAGAUUCUUCCUGGAUAUGAGGUGGAUGAGAAGUCGAAAAAGUUUAAACGUCAGCUGAAGUCCGUAGCUGUUGAUGGUGUCGAAAUAAUUGCUUCUGCGAGAGAUGCAUGUAACAAAUCACUGGCUAGACUCGAAGCUAAAGAUUCUGCAGCAAAAGCAAAAGCCAAAAGAGAGGAAGAAAGAGUUGCAGAGUUGAAAAAAAUUAGGGGGGAGAAGUGGCUACCUUCUAUUGCUAAGCACAUGCAGGUGAAGAAGUAAAGGGAAACAACUACACUCGCCUGAGAAUUGUUAGCUUAUCUUCUCCAGGAUGCAGCAAGCUCGCCUGAGAAUUCAAUUAUAGGUGUAUGGAGUCCUGCAAAGCUAUCCUCUGUAUUAGAAAUGAUAUAUUUGAUGAUAAAAAAAAAGUCUCUAUAAUUGGCCAACCUGAUCAUUUAUUCAUUUUAAAUUCACAGCUUGGUCUUUAUUUUUAAUCUGGAUUUAUCGGGGGGUUUUAUUUUUAACCUGAAGAAUGUGACACUUAAAAGGUCCCAGUUUUCACACGAAAAGAGCUAGUAGAAAAAGUUAGAACUAUAUUAGAAAAGUAGUGAAGAUCGAGUUUUUCUAACAUCUGAAACACAUUUUAUUGUACUUUUGGGUGGAUGCUAAUGAAAACACCAGAUAUAUUAUGUCAUGUGCUAGUGGGGUGUCCGUAGUUCUAACUUGUAAAAAUGAAGGAAGCAUCCUAGAAGCAACUAACUUUCGUUUUUAUAGGCAAUAACAACAGACACCCUUGUUGUU